AGCCAUUUUGGCUCAAGCUCAAGUCAGCGCAGGUCUCGGCCCCUGCCAGCGUGCCAGAAGAGCUCGCUGUGAAACCGUUUGCCCAGUAAUCCCGAACUCUCUCCAUCAACCAGCAAGGCCAUGUCUGCCUCUGCCGGUACGGUCGCCUCUGUCCUUUGUUUCAUUGCAUCGGUGUUGACCCUACUCAUCGGGCUCAUCCAUUUUGUGCAGAAGGUGGAGGACCUGGAAGUCAAAUUCUCGGAUUGCAGCUUCUUCCAGGAAGACUGCAACGGAGGUUGGCGUAACGUGUUUACGUUUAGACCGAACGUAUUCUUCGACCUUUGGACGCCAAUGGUUUUCGGCUUGCUCGGAAUUGGUUUGCACUGCAGGUUUGUUUAUCACAAGAUCGUGCUGAACUACAUGACGUACGCAUUGUUAAUGAUCGUCAUUGCUCUGUUUGCAAACGUGGGCUACGUUGGACUGUGUGGAGUAUUCACAGCAGCAUUCUCUGUUGCAUGUGCUCUUGUGUGCGUCAUAGUGCGCUUGAUGGGUGAGAUGGGCAUCGUGCUCCUUGACCUCGGGAAGUAGCGACCCGUGUGCACGGCUCGAUGCAGCUCUGCACUUUGUGUGCCCGCUUUCGACGUACCUGCAGCCCGAGCCAUCAAGUGCUUGGGGCUGCCAGACUGACACUUUCGAAUGAGCUUGGACGUCACAGACUGCGUGUACGAAAAAAGAAUGGUUGCUUCGCGGCUGUUCCUCGGUUCUCCAGUGGUUGUUUGGAGCCGAGAUGGCCAGGUUUGGAGCCGUCGAGCUCCCGUGCUGCUCGCUGAGGGGCCUGCCGCUGACCUCGUGGACGGCCCCGCCGCCAUGGGACACGCCGCACACGGCAGGGAGGCUCGGAGAGCAGGAGGGGCCCAGUCGUUGCCCGCCCUGGCCAGGUAUUGUCAAGAGAGGAAAAAUCAUACAGACACAAUUGAUCGUCG